CUCACCGCCACGAUUAUUUGUCGAUUCGAUUAUCACACCUUCACUCUCAGCCAGUCAACCGACCAACCCCCGAAAUAAAUCAACUCCUGCGCCGUGGAGCAGUUCGAGGCUCGAACUCGUGUUCUCCUGGAUCGCUGCCGGGCUCUCCAGCUUCAGUCGAUUGUGCACCCUCGACGCGGGUGGUUCGUGUGUUCUAACUGCCGCUCUCAAGUGAGCUGGGGGGACAUUAGUGAGUGGUACUCAGUGAAGAUAGUUGGUGUUACUUUGUUGGAAUUUGGAGUCAGCUGCCUCUCGAAAAAAAUAAAAAAAAAAAAAUCAAACAAAGCCUCCUUUCAUAAUCCAACCCGCUGUGCUAACCUAGUUGUAGCUACUAGUGUGAAGAAACGGUGUGUGUCAACAGGUGCUUCCCGAUCGACCCCCAACUAAGUCAAUCCCCCAACGGGGGGGAAGAGAAGCAAGUUCAUUUCAACCAGGUGAAAUAUUGUACCAAAUUUUGAUUGCGUGCGAAAUUUGGCCAACAAUGCAGCCGAACGUCGUCGUCACACUGUUGGUUUAAUUAGUUAGAGCGAAGCAAAACUAAACGAUAAGUGGUGUGUCAACAGUGCUGGAUUAGCAAGUGACUUUAACUAAGUCAGUAGCAGCAGCAGCAGCGGGAGUUUUCGCGAAGGAAAGUGUGCAGAAUCAACGGCGACACUAAAAGUGGUCAGCAAUAUGGAUAUCGCUGAAGUUAGCAAAUUGAGUGAUGGCAUCUCCGCGCCCCUGUGGAUGUUCUGGAAGCGACGCCGCUACAUGGUCGUGUUUAUGGCCUUCCUGGGCUUCUUCAACGUGUACGCGCUCCGCGUCAACCUCAGUGUGGCCAUCGUCGCCAUGACGGAGGUGCGGGACGUGGACUACGGCAACGGAACCGUUGGUCAAGAGCAAUACUUUGACUGGAGUUCCAAGGAGCAGGGAUUCGUGCUGAGUUCGUUCUUCUACGGGUACAUUUUGACGCCCUUUUUGGGCGGGUUUAUCUCGAACAAGUUCGGAGGCAAUUACGUUUUCGGCGUCGGCAUCGGAGUGACGGCCAUUUUGACCCUGCUGACGCCGCUGGCCGCCAAAGGAGGCAUCGGUCUGCUGAUCGCCGUCCGGAUAAUCGAAGGAGUCUUCGAGGGAGUCACGUUCCCGUGCAUUCACGCCGUUUGGUCACGCUGGGCACCGCCUACUGAGCGGUCGCGGAUGGCUUCCAUCGCGUUCGCCGGAAACUACGCCGGAACUGUGGUUUCGAUGCCGCUGAGUGGAAUCUUUGCCAAUGCGUACGGUUGGGAGAGUGUGUUCUACAUCUUCGGAGUAGUCGGCUGCAUUUGGUUCGUGGCGUGGAUGUUCUUCAUCAAGACGUCACCCGAAGUGGACCGCUGGAUUAGUCCCAAGGAGAAGGAGUUCAUUUUGGGUAGUUUGGGCAGAACCGAGGGCGUUAAGGAGAAGAUCAAGCAUCCGUGGAGGGGAAUACUGACCUCGGCGGCGGUUUGGGCUCUGGUGGCGUCUCACUUCUCCGAAAACUGGGGUUUCUACACGUUGUUGACGCAACUGCCUACGUUCUUGAAGGAUACAAUGCACUUCCAGCUGGAGAAGACCGGCUUCAUUUCCGCGAUCCCGUACCUGGUGAUGGGCAUUCUCCUCUUCGUGUCCGGCUACCUCGCCGACACCAGCAUCGUUAAGGGAUGGCUCACCACGACUCAGGUCCGCCGGUACUUCAACUGCGGCGCCUUCCUCGGCCAAACGGUGUUCAUGAUCAUCGGCGCGUUCAUCCUGAAGCCAGGCCCGACGAUCACCUGCAUCACGAUCGCCGUCGGAAUGGGAGCGUUCGCGUGGUCCGGCUUUGCCGUCAACCAUCUGGACCUGUCGCCGAAGAGUGCCGGAGUGUUGAUGGGCAUCUCGAACACGUUCGCCACCAUCCCGGGCAUCGUGAGUCCGAUCAUUACGGGCUACCUCACCGUAAAUAAGACCGACGACGAAUGGCGGGUGGUGUUUUACAUUGCGGCCGGGAUCUAUCUGGUCGGAUGUUUGAUCUACUGGUUCUGGGCUUCCGGAGAGCUGCAGCCGUGGUCGAUUGAGGCCAAGGAGCGGGAGGCGAAGGAGCUGAACGGGAGGAAGACUAGCGGUGGGUACGUGAACAAGGUGAAGAUCGAGGACGAGAUGUAAAGUGUUUAGUGUUAGGUACGAAUUAGGGGUAAGUGUACGUUCAUGUUGAAAAUGAAUGUUGAAAGUAUUGUUUUGUUAUCUAAACCUAAAGAAAAUAAAUGUGAAAAUCUUAA